UCAAAUCAAAAUCACCGGCUCCAACAAAAUACGAUGACUCCAGUAAGGUUCAGAUUUCUUCAGAAUACUUGUUCCUCUCUCUCUCUCUCUCUCUCUCUCUCUGUCUCUCUGGUUGUAUUUCCAGAGAAUAGAUAGAGAGAAGAAGGCAACAAAAGAAAAAUGGAGAAAUCUCGACCACACCCGGAUAAUUUUUCUAGUGAUUUGAUGAUGGGUGGAUGUGCAGCAGCAAUAUCAAAGAGUGCUGCUGCACCUAUGGAGAGAGUGAAACUAUUGUUACAGAAUCAAGGAGAAAUGUUGAAGAGCGGAAAUCUUAAAACACCUUAUAAUGGUAUUCAAGAUUGUUUUAAAAGGGUUUUGAGAGAAGAAGGUUUUUUGUCAUUCUGGAGAGGUAAUCAAGCUAAUGUCAUUCGGUAUUUCCCUACCCAGGCAUUCAACUUUGCGUCCAAGGGCUAUUUCAAAAACCUCCUUGGGCGCUCGAAAGAGAAAGAUGGCUACUUGAAGUGGUUUGCAGGAAAUCUUGCUGCUGGUAGUGCUGCAGGAGCAACUACUUCUUUGUUUCUAUAUCACUUAGAUUAUGCUCGCACCAGACUAGGCACUGAUGCAAAGGAAUGCCCUGUAAAUGGUCAAAGACAGUUUAAAGGGAUGGUAGAUGUUUAUAGGAAAACUGUGUCAAGUGAUGGCAUAAUAGGUCUUUAUCGGGGCUUUGGGGCUUCAAUCAUGGGAAUUACUCUGUAUCGGGGUAUGUACUUUGGGAUCUAUGACACCAUGAAACCCAUCGUUCUGGUUGGCUCUUUAGAGGGAAACUUCUUUGCCUCUUUUCUAUUGGGUUGGAGUGUUACAACAGUUUCAGGGGUUUGUGCAUACCCGUUUGACACUGUUCGUCGAAGAAUGAUGCUAACCUCAGGACAACCUUCCAAGUAUUGUAACUCUCUGCAUUGCUUCCGUCAGAUCAUUCACCAUGAGGGUGUUUUUGCACUAUUUAGAGGAGUUUCCGCAAACAUGCUUCUAGGUAUGGCAGGGGCAGGAGUUCUGGCAGGUUAUGAUCAGCUACAUUGUUUAACUUACAUGCACGGGUAUGGUCAAAGAACCUUAAAUUGAUGAACAAUCUCUCAAUUUUGUAAAUCUCACUCUGAACAGAAGUGAAAAUUAAAAGAAAAAUCGAAAACAACGUUAUCAGUGACAGGAUUACGAGGCUUUCUCCCUAAAUGCACAUAGAGGGAAAGGAGAAAAGUUUCCAUUUUGCUAAAAUCUGUACAGUGGAAAAAAGAAGAGUUGCAUGAACUCCCUAGCCAAUAAAAUGUUUAUAUGUUGUGACA